UGCCCUACCCUGUCCAGUCCCAGAAAUGGAAGAAUGUCCUGUAACCAUGGAUACAGCUUCCGCUAUCCCGAGACCUGCACCUUCAGCUGUAACCAUGGUUACCACCGGUCUGAAGGCAGUACCAGUAGGACCUGCCAGGCGGAUCGCAGGUGGUCGGGCAGCGCUAUCAGAUGUUGCCCAAACGGGUACGAAUACUACCAGCCUAGCCGGUUCUGCUACAAGGCCUUCAACCAAGAGAUAGAUCGGAGUAACUACAACGAUGCAGCCGCGACCUGUGCUUCUGAGGGUGGAACUCUCGCCAUGCCCAGUGAUGCGGGCAUCAACGCGUUCCUCCUCAGCCUGAAGAACGCUGGAGACUUCUGGUUCGGGUUGAGUGACCGCGGCCAGGAAGGACGCUUCGUGUGGGCAAAUGGCGUUCCACUCGGACAUUUCAACCAUUGGGCACCAGAAGAACCAAACGACCAUGAUGGGGGUGAGGACUGUGCACAUUACUGGGUUGAUAAAGGGGAUAGGUGGAACGAUAAUUUCUGUGACAAAUCCAUGAAGUUCAUUUGUCAAGUCGCAACUUGAAGCACCGUGCGUUUUUCUGAAGAUAGUUGCUUCAUUUUUCGAUAAAAGUUAGACACCAAGGUAAUAGGGUACGCCAAAAAGCAGUUAGCAAAUAGGAGCUAAUUGACUCGCUUGUCUUACCGUUGUUUCCUAUUGGAUUGACUGACAGCGUCCAAAAAGGCAAUGGGUGUAGGCAAAUAGUGUUACUCUUGGACAUUACAACGACUUGCAUGACUGUGCGCUAUCCUAUUAAUUAUGAAAGGAACAUGUAAAGUGGUAUUUCGUGUACUGACACCUCUCUGAAGUUCAUUUGUCAAUUCGCAACAUGAAGCACCGUGCAUUUUUGACUUUCAGUUUUUGAUCAAGUUGUAUUUCAUUUUAGUUUUGAUGAGCAAUUGCAGUGAGUUUUGUGAUAAUGAAUAGAUGAUAAAAUAAACUAUCCAAAUGAUGAACUUACAAAGUCAGACAUGAAGAAAGUCGAUGUAUUCCACAAUAGUUGUCUGCGUAGCAUCUACUGGCCAAAUAAGAUCAGUAAUGAAGAACUGUAUAGAAAAACGAACACAAGACAGUUGUCUACUGAAAUUGCCAUCAGAAGACUGAAAUGGUUGGGCCAUGUUCUGCGGAUGUCGGAUGACCGUAUCCCCAAAGUUGCUCUACAUUGGGCCCCUGAGGGGAAGAGAAAACGGGGACGUCCUAAAACCACAUAGAGACGUACUGUGGCUAAAGAUCUAGCGGCCAUUGGGAUCCCCUGGGAUGCUGCUCAGCCCCUAGCACAGAACAGACCCCAGUGGAGGAAACUUAUCACAGCCUUAUGUCCCACAUGGGAUGAUGAGGAUACGUAAGUAAGUAAGUAAUGAUGAACUGGUUUUAACUCAAGUAAUGAAAUGACUUCAUUAGUCUUAAUUGCUACUCUCAAUAACAUUAUGGUGAAACAUUGUAUUCCACCUUUCCAAAAUCCAUUUGUCAAGUCGCAAGUUGAGACAGCGAAAGUUUUGAUGAAGAUAGAUGCUUCAUUGCAUAGGGAACCUAACGAUAAUUGACUUCAACUUGUAUCAGAUCUAGAGUUUUCAGUUCUUGUUAUUGUUGUAUUCCAUUUUAAAUAUGAUGAGAAAUUGCGGUGGCUUUUAUGAUAAUAAAUUGACUACUACAUAAUAAAAAGAACCAUCAGAAUGAACUGGUUUUAAAUCAAGCAGUCAAUGGACUUUAUUAUGCUUAAAUCCUGCUAUCUACGUACAUGUAUAUAUUAUCGUGGAACCUUGCAUUGCCGUAUCACUAUUUGACACGUAGUACCUAAGUAGUUGGUUUAAUG